AUGGAAGGACUCGAUGUGCUCAAGAUUUCUGAGGACAAGAAAAAGUACAUCUUCGAGUCAUUGAAUCCGAUCCUUGAAGAGUUGACGGAAGAAUGCAUGCACAAGAUGCCCAAGGAUGCUGUGCUAUUCAUGCUGGACUGGCUGAGGAAGAAGAAGGCAGAGGAGGAGGACAAGCAGCUCACUCCCGAGGAGAAGGAGCGCUUGACCAAGGAGAACGACGAGCUGGUGUUGAAGGUGAACAAGCUGAAGCACCAGGUCCAAGAGGUCACGAAGAUGGCCAGCAAGGUGGCCAUCGUGGAAGAGGAGGACAAGGAUAUUCGGGCGCCAGAUGCGCUGCCUUCCAACCCGAGGAGUGCGGCCCAGGUAAAGCUCGCGGCGGAAGUGCAGGCCAAGGAUGGCACGCGGUCAACAAGCUCUGACUCUUGGAAGAAGGUCGAAGGUCCGAACGGGCGAAAAAAGUUACGUGCCAAGGAGAAGCUUGCCGCAGAGCAAGCAGCAAGGCAGAAGGUGGAGCAGGAACUGGAGCAAGUCCGUGCCGACAAGGAGCGACUUGCUCAAGAGAAGGAGCAGGAAGCACAACUUCGCCAAGAGGCGGAGCUUGCUCACCGCCUGGUUUUGAGGGACUUGCAGCAGCUGAAGGAAGACCAGAUCAGGCUUCCGGCGGACAAAGAUGCGGAGAAGGCGAAGCUGGAGGAAGCCCUGAAGCAGACGGAGAACCCGGAUGGAAGCAGUGCACAUCCUGCAGCUAGCGCCCUCCUUGAGGAGAAUUUGGCGAGUCGCAGAUGA